AUGGGUGAUGGAGGACUUAAUGGUUCUUCACCGGUGCAGAACCCACGUUGUUUGGUAAAUAUGAUUGGGCGGCUGGGCAUUCGCGAAUUUUUCGAAGCUCGCAAAAGUGGAACUCUGAAAGUGGAGGAUGCAGGUUUGAAGCUUAUAAAGAAGCCAUUCACUUGCUGUUAUGCUCCAAACUUUCUGAAAAAUGCUGAUGUACUUGAAGGGGUAGCAAAUGAGUUACAAGCUUAUGAAUACAAUCUGAAGAACAAUGAUCUUUACAAGUUUUCACAAACCUCCGACUUGAAAAAUGCCACCACUCCGUAUAUAGCAGGGCUUCGCAACUUUCUGUACGGUGAUGUUCGUAAAUGGUUAAUAGAUGUGACUGGUAUACCUCUGAAUGACACUGUUGAUAUGGGCUCUUCCAAAUAUUCAUAUACUGAUGUGUUGCUGUGCCACGAUGAUGAACUAGAAGGCCGGAGAAUUGCUUAUAUACUUUACUUGGUCCCACCGUGGGAGAAGCAGGAUGGUGGGUCACUAGACCUCUUCACUACAGAUGAAUAUAAACAACCAAAAGAUGUUGUUGAGUCUCUGAAGCCUGAAUGGAAUUCCUUUGCCUUUUUUGAAGUGUCUCCAGUAUCAUUUCACCAGGUAGCAGAAGUGUUGUCCCAAGAUAAAGUUCGUCUCUCCAUUAAUGGCUGGUUUCAUGGUCCCCCAAUUGAGAGGCCACCAAAAUACCAUGCUCCGUGUUUACCCCUAGAAGCUCCUACACAUAUUGAGGAAGAAGAGCUAUACUCCUGGAUCAACCCAACUUACCUGGAUAUGAAUAUCCAGAAAGAAAUACGCCACAAAUUUCGUAAAGACCCUCAGAUUGAACUCGAGUCAUUCCUUUCAGAGGAUAAAUACAGAGAACUUGCAGAGGCACUGAGGAAUAAAAGUUUAAACUGGGUGAAGACAGGACCUGCCAACAAGCAGCUCUUUGAGGUUCUAAAGUUUGAUGAGGCUCCUGAUAUUAUCGCUGACUGCCGGAAUUUCUUGAAAUCGGAGGCUCUGUUCUUAAUAAUCUCCCAGCUGACAGGAAUCAAACUACACAAAUUAGCUCCGGAAGACUCUGACCCUGAUGGCUCUGACAUGGGUGAACAAAAUGUUAAAGAAUCUUCUCCCCGGGUCAGCAUUGAUGCGCGACGCUGGAGUCACGGUUGUUACACUCUCCUCCGAGAUGACUGCAUAGAGAAAAAGUCAGCCCUUGACGCCAAUCUUUUCAUCAAUGUCUCAGAGAAGUGGUCUCAAGAACAUGGUGGAUUUAUUUCAUAUAUUGUCAAAGACGAGGAUGAAGAGUUGUUGACUGUGACCCCACGAUGCAACAGUUUGUCUCUAGUGUACCGAGACACUGAAACUCUGUGUUUCACCAAGCAUAUUAACAGCACCGUGCAUCAACUGGGGCAGCAAGAGAACACUUUCAACAGUUUUGCCUGUGUAUUUUAUGAGUGAGAUGUUUUGAUAGUGCAAUUUUAACAUUUUUUCAACCAGACAGCUCUAAAAGGAGUCUUAGGUUAAUUUUUAUAAUUAUAUAGGUCAGUUAUACAGUACAGUGUUUAAUAUAUAAAUACUGUACAUACUUGAGUAUAGGCCAAGUAUUUAGGGAAGAAAGAGGGAAUAUUUUGACGAACCGUUAAAUGUUGACAAAGAUGGGGGAACUUUGAUUUCAUGCAUUGGGCAGGGAAGUAUAACAUUUUGUAGGAGUAAGGAAGAGUUAACACUAGAUAAUAUUCAGUAAUUUCUUUGUGCCACUUUCAGUCUGUUUAACAGUGCAACACUUGUACAACUCAGCUGCAACUUUGGUUAAUUCCCUUCAUCAUUACUAAUCAAUGUUUUGUAAAUCUUUUCACUUUAUUCAUUUUUUUUAACCCAGUGGUUGUGUGUCAUCAUAGUAGCUUGACCCAGAAAAAAAAAAACAUUCCCUGUUGUUUAUUGUUGUGCCACUACUACUGCUUCCCUUAAUACUGCUACUACUAUUACUACUACUGCCACUAUUAUUACUACCACCACUAAUACUACUGCUACCACUAUUACUACUACUACCACUAUUACUACUACUACCACUAUACUAUUACCACCACUAUACUACUACCACUAUUACUACUACUACCACUAUACUACUACCACCACUAUACUACUACCACCACUAUACUACUACCACUAUUACUACUACCACUAUACUAUUACCACCACUAUACUACUACCACUAUUACUACUACCACUAUUACUACUACCACUCUUUUUACUACCACUAUUUCUACUACUGCUAUUUCUACUACCACUACAUGUAUUUCUACUACCACCACCGCUACUACUACUACCACCACCACUACUAUUACCACCACCACUACUAUUACCACCACUGCCACUACUGCUACCACCACCACUACUAUUACUACCACCACCACUACUAUUACUACCACCACCACCACUAAUAUUACUACCACCACAACCACUACUACUAUGAAUACUACUACUGUGACUACUACUAUAACUACUACAACAGCUACUAUGACUAGUACUACUACUACUACUACUACUACCACCACCACCUUUUUUGGGGGGUCACCUACCUGGGUGGGAGACAGCCGACCUAUUGAAAAAAAAAUAUUUUGAGGGUUUCAGUAUUAUUUAUGUUUUUGUUAUUGGUUUUGUUUCCAGUUUGAUCUAGACCAUUGACUGCAUCAGAGCUACUGGACCCCUUUUUUAAGUCUCUCAAAACCUAACGUAAAUUUUUAAAAAAUAUGAAUUACGUGCAGCCUCUCCUCACUUAACAAUGGGGUUGGGUUCCAAAGAGUAGGUCGGUAAGCGAAUUGGUCAGUAAGCAAAUUGGUCGUUAAGCAAGGAGCAUACUAUACUGGUAGUGGGUUUGCAUCAACCAUCUUUAGAUGUAUUUUUAAUAUCACCUUUGCACCAUUUAUAACAUUUCUAGUAUACAGUGGAACCUCCACUAAUGAGCGCAUCCAUAUGCUCGUUUUUCCAGAUACGAGUAGCCGCUCAGUUGAUUUUUUGCUUACAUAAGCAAGCGAACUUUCCAGAUGCAAGUGGGCCUCAAGGGUGAGGGGCUCUUGCUCUUGAUCUAGGGAAUUGGAUCUCAUUUGCUUGUUGGACUAUCUUAUUGAAACUUGAGCAAUGUAUGAUGGAAAAGUGCUUCUUAACGUACACCAAAGUUUAAAGAAAUAUGACUGUAAAUAACGGAGUUCACUUGUCAGCCAUUAGCCGGCCCUUAGCGGUAUAUUUUCAUAUGAUUUUUAUGAUUGUAUUCUCGUUUUUUUGGUCUUAUUUGAUAGAAUGGAAGAUAUAUUACAGAAAUAUAUAUGAUUUUGAUUGCUUUCACAACGAAAAUUACCUUGAAAUUGAGCUCAAAGUGGCAGAAAUGUUUGAUUUUUGUCGAUGUUCAAGAGUAAACAAAUGACAUCAUCGUCCAAUACCUGUCCGAGUGGCCACUCCAAUAAGCAGUCAUGAAUGGGUUGAUGUUAUGUAUACAAUUAUUACAAUAAUGCAGUAGCCUGCAUAACAGUAAAUCUUCUAUUUUAUGUAUGAAUAAAAAUUCCAAAUGGUAAGCAAGAGUAUUAUAAGAAGACGUAUGUACUAAUAAUAAUAAUAGGAGGGGUUCGGGAUAUUAGCAGUUUGGAGGGAUAUGUUGUGUAUCUUUAUACGUAUAUGCUUCUAAACUGUUGUGUUCUGAGCACCUCUGCAAAACAGUGAUUAUGUGUGAGUGAGGUGAAAGUGUUGAAUGAUGAUGAAAGUAUUUACUUUUUGGGGAUUUUCUUUCUUUUUGGGUCACCCUGCCUCAGUGGGAGACAGCCGACUUGUUAAAAAAAAAAAAAACAAGUGCACCAUUCACCUUUUUUCCUUCAUCAUUUCUGUGGUUAACCUCAUCCCUCAUACGUCCGUCCACUGACACGUCAACUCCCAAAUAUCUGAGAGCAUUCACUUCUUCCAUACUACUCCUCUCCAAUUUGAUAUCCAAUUUUUCUUUAUCUAAAUCAUUUGAUACCCUCAUCAUUUCAUACGCAAUUAUUAUUAUAAUAAUAAUAAUAAUAAUAAUAGGGGUCGUCCUCGGAAAGGUUGGAAGGAAGGGGUAAGGGAGAUUUUGUGGGCGAGGGGCUUGGACUUCCAGCAGGCGUGUGUGAGCGUGUUCGAUAGGAGUGAGUGGAGACGAAUGGUAUUUGGGACCUGACGAUCUGUUGGAGUGUGAGCAUGGUAAUAUUUAGUGAAGGGAUUCAGGUAAACCGUUUAUUUCUAUAUAGCCGGACUUGAGUCCUGGAAAUGGGAAAUACAAUGCCUGCACUCUAUAGGAGGGGUUCAGGAUAUUGGCAGUUUGAAGAGAUAUGUUGUGUAUCUUUAUACGUAUAUGCUUCUAAACUGUUGUGUUCUGAGCACCUCUGCAAAAACAGUGAUUAUGUGUGAGUGUGGUGAAAGAGUUGAAUGAUGAUGAAAGUAUUUUCUCUUUGGGGAUUUUCUUUCUUUUUGGGUCACCCUUCCUCGGUGGGAGACAGCCGACUUGUUAAAAAAAAUAAAUAAUAAUACUAUAAGUGAGUUUCAGAUGGCCACCACUAGAUGUCAGUAUGUGUAUCAAAACAUCGCCGCUUAGGGAGAGAGGGAAAUUCUUGUGUUUUCCUUACGUUUCGUGCAGUUAUUUUGCAAAAUUUCUUGUUUCUAACCAUGGUUCCCAAGAAAGCAAGUGCAAAGGAGAGUGCUGAGAAGAAAAGGGAGGAUGAUUUCAAUGGAAUUAAAGCAGGAAAUCAUAAACACAAACUAGGUGUACCAUUAAGAGUGUACCAUUAAGUUUCCCUAUUAAGAGUGUAGCAGUUAAACUAUUAAGUGAUAGAAAAAAGACAGUCUAAUGGAGUUUGCCUUACAGACACUCUGUUUUCUGUUAUAAUAAAAGUAGGGGAAGGGAUGAAGUCAGUAGGAGGAAUGGCCACCAUGGUGGCUCCAAAAACAAUGACAGCUACUAACAAUACUCACAUACAUAAUAUUUCAUUCAUUCUAGUGUAUAUAUCAUGUUUCUAUGUUAUUAAUAUUGUUUAUAUCAUAUUAGAUGAACUAUGAUAGAUAAAUAAGCCAUAAAGUUGAUAGUAGGGAAAUUAUUGAAGUAUUUUAUGGUGCCUGGAAUUCCACUGGAACAAAUUAAUUGCACGUAUUUCAGUUAAUUUAAAUGAGGAAAAUUGACUCUGCAAGUGAGCAAAUCCAAAUGCAAGCAAGGUCACGGAAUGGAUUGAACUCAUUAGUGGAGGUUCCACUGUAUUUUUAAAUGUUUAUACAGUAGUGUACUGUAUACUGUAAUAAACAGAAUAGAGGUAAUCAGCUCUAAUUUACAUUUAGGUUUGCCUACUGGCCAGAGAGUUGGUUGUAAGUUGGAGUCAUCGGUAAAUGAGUAACGUCGCUAAGGGAGGGGAGGCUGUAUUUGACAAAGUCAGAGGUGAACCUGUACAUGGUAUUGCAUUAUACUCAAAGUAUAUACAUUACUGAUAUAUCCAAGAACAGUUUUUAUGCAAUAAAAUUUCAGAUGAUUUUCUAAUGUAAUUUUAAAAAUAAUACCUUUUUUGUCCACAACAUAGUGAGAUUCUCUUUCUUGUUGGGCAUCAGGAGUCACUGUUCUAAUAUUUAUUUGAUUUAUGAGAAAACCAAUGGUUUUGUUGAUUUAUAAUUAGAAUUUUCAAAAAAUAAAUUGAAAGCUGUUGUAUACUGGAAUUCAGUUUAUUCUAAAUUAUAAAUACUGUAUAAAUUGCCUCAUGUUUAAAACUGAUGAAAUAAAAUUAUGUUUUGUGGUACCUGUGUGCAUUAUCUAUUUAUAAGUAUAUGUAAACAGUAAUAAUAAUAUGGGAGUUCUCAA